GCCGUUUUGUUUUUAGCUGGACAUUUACUUGGUUCGGCGGCCCUCUCUCUCUUCAUCCAGUUAGCAGUGGCACCGGAUGGCAGUCGCCAGCGGCAGCUUCCGCUUCUCCCUCUGCCCGUUACCCUCCUCUUCGAGCCAUAGUAAAUCCACUCGUUGGAACUUGGGAAAGAGGGGGCCGCCAUCUUCCUCGCUCUUCCUCCGGAGCUGCUCCUCCGCCCCUGAUGACCCCAAGAAGAUCUCGGAGCAGUCGUCCUGGGAGUCCAAGGAUUCGGAGGGAAAAGACUACCUCUACCGCCUCGGCCAGGAGGCCGACAACGUGAACAUCUCCGUCGGAGCUCGUCAGGGCGUCAUCGACGAUCUCUUCGUUGGCAACUUCCUCGGAAAAGACUCGGAUAUUGUCUUUGAUUACCGGCAGAAAGCGACGAGGUCGUUUGAGUAUCUGCAAGGCGAUUAUUACAUAGCUCCGGCCUUCUUGGACAAAGUUGCUUGUCACAUUGUGAAGAAUUACCUUGCCCAUCACAUCAAUGCUAAGGUUCCCCUAAUACUAGGUAUUUGGGGAGGAAAAGGUCAAGGAAAAACAUUUCAAACUGAACUUAUUUUUCGUGCAAUGGGAAUGGAGCCUAUCAUUAUGUCUGCUGGGGAGCUGGAAUCAGAGCGGGCAGGAGAACCAGGCAAGCUAAUACGUGAGCGCUACAGAACAGCUUCUCAAGUGAUCCAAAACCAAGGUAAAAUGAGCUGUUUGAUGAUUAAUGAUAUUGAUGCUGGGCUGGGAAGAUUUGGAAACACACAAAUGACAGUCAACAACCAAAUAGUUGUUGGAACUCUGAUGAACUUAUCAGAUAAUCCCACCAGAGUGAGCAUUGGGCAGAAAUGGAGAGAAUCAGAUGUUACUCAUAGAGUUCCUAUUAUUGUAACUGGCAAUGAUUUUUCUACACUUUAUGCUCCUCUUAUUCGAGAUGGGCGAAUGGAGAAGUUUUACUGGCAGCCUGACCGUGAAGAUAAAAUUAACAUUGUUCACCAGAUGUAUGCUAAGGAUGGAAUAUCUCAAGAAGAAGUUAUAAGAGUAGUGGACACAUUUCCAAAUCAAGCACUAGAUUUUUAUGGAGCACUAAGGUCGAGAACUUAUGAUCAGGCAAUCUCCAAGUGGGUAAGUGAGAUUGGUGGACAUGAAAAACUUGGUGACAAGCUUCUUAAAGAAAAGAAUAAAGCAAAGCUUCCUACUUUUGUUCCCCCCAAGCAAUCGGUGGAGGCCUUGCUAGAGUCAGGACACUCUCUAGUCAACGAGCAGGUUUUGAUUACGAAUUCCAGACUUUCGAAAGAAUAUAUGAAGAACAUAGAUGACUAGCUAGCUCAGUUCUGCAAAGUCUGACACUACAAAUUUGUUGAUGCUAUAAUUUGGGUUUUUUGAUAUGCGAUGGAGGCAAGGAACUAGUGUCAGAAGUGACAAUCCAUACCUGUGGCAAAGUUUCAAGAUCAUUCUUCCUUUGUUGACUACAUUUCUAUGAAUAUCUGUCGAUAUAAUAUCUUUGAGAACAAUAAAAUGUUAGAUAAUUGUAAUUAUCAUGUAACACAAAGUUUAUAGUAUAACUUUAAUAAUAAUACUAGAUUAAGUAUCACUUUGCAA